GAAAACUGCUUGACAUCACUAACCAGUCUAUGACUCAGUAGGCGAAAAUAUUAUUAUUUUUUACAAUAAUAAGCAUCAGAACUGUCAUAAAAGUGGAGUGCAACCUUCCUUAGCAAGUAUGACUGAGCUCUCGCAGUUUACAGUGGAUUUCUUUUUUCUGGAGACAGCGUCCUCUAUAUAAUCAAUGACAUCACACGAGAAAACAAAACUGGUGCUGCUGGCAUGCGGGUCCUUCAACCCCAUCACAAACAUGCACCUGCGGAUGUUCGAACUGGCUCGGGAUCACCUUGAAGACACUGGAAGAUACAGAGUGGUGAAAGGCAUAAUCUCUCCAGUUGGAGACAGCUAUAAAAAGAAAGGUUUGAUUGAAGCCUGUCAUCGGUUAGAGAUGGCUAGACUGGCCACGGAGAACUCUGAUUGGAUCACUGUGAAUGACUGGGAGUGUCAGCAGUCGGAGUGGGUGGAGACAGCCAGAGUGGUUCGGCACCAUCAUGCAGAACUCAUUUCCAGCGAGAACAACAGUGAUGAUGUGGACACAGUGAGGUGUGGGAAGAGGAGAAAGCUGAAGGAAAAUAAAAACAUCUGCCAGAGUUCUUCUUAUAUUAACACACAAGCAGACACCCCUCAUCUGAAGCUGCUGUGUGGUGCUGAUGUGCUGGAGUCAUUUGGUGUCCCGAACCUUUGGAAGCCAGAGGACAUUGAGGAGAUAGUGGGACAGUACGGUGUGGUGUGCAUCACAAGAUGUGGCAGUGAUGCUGAGAAGUUUAUCAAUCAGUCUGAUGUGCUGUACAAACACCGUAAGAACAUUCAUGUGGUUCGAGAAUGGGUGACCAAUGAGAUCUCAGCUACCCACGUGCGCCGUGCCCUGCGCAGAGGACAGAGCGUGCGCUACCUGCUGCCCGACCCUGUGGUUCGCUAUAUUCAGGAUCACAGUCUGUAUAGCUCUGAGAGCGAGCAGAAGAAUGCUGAUGUCAUCCUCGCCCCUCUUCAGAAAUACACCAGCACUAACUAGACUGAUGUUCUGUUUGAUGAAAGGCUAGUCUGUCACCCAUAAAGCUUGAAUGACACUUGAUUCAUAAAGCAUUUUGCUUCCUUGAACACAUUUGGCUGUAAUGAGCAAUUUGAAUGGAUAUUAAACAUAUUGAUGUUUAAUAUCCAUUGGUGUAGAUAUAUGGGUAAAAAUUCAACAAUUUGAACAUGGAGCACAUUAUAUCUAUGGGAUUGAACCAUAUUAUAGGGCCUUUAAAAUGAAGAUUACAAAAGAAAAGUUUAUUAAGAAUGAGAAUAUAGACGGAUAUUGAGAUAUCUUUAAUACUUUUAGAAUUACAGGCACACGAACUUUGGAAAAAUACUAUUUAUGGCACUCAAGACAGGAAUGUUCAAUUGUGCUGAUAGAAAAAAACGAGAUACAUUUCUAGUUUCAACAUUGUUCUUCAGAAAAAUGUGCGACCUUUGAAAAUGUGUACCAAUUUACUCAUGGAGGCGCAUUGAGAUCCCUAUCUCUGGAAAUUAACCAUAUUGGUUUGGGCUUUAAAAAUUAAGAAAAGAAAAGUUUGUUAACAAAAUUAGAAUCUAAAAGGAUAUUAAGACAUCUGUAAUAUGAGUUACAGAAAUGCAAACUUUGGGUGAAAAACACAAGAAGUGCUUUUUGCCAUUUUUGAACUGUUGGCAUAUAAUGCAACAAAGACUGCUAACCUCAACAGAUUUAACUAACAACAGGCCUACUAAUUUUACCCCCUGUAAUCUGACUCCAAAUCUCAGGUGAAAAUUGUAAUUCUGACCCCCUCUACAAAAUAUUGGAUUACUUAGUACAUACACAUCCAUUGCAUUUAAUAUUUUGGCUUUCUUCUUUAUGUUUGUCUUUCUUCAGAAAAAAAAGAAAGAAAAUCAAAAAUUUGAGCAAGGAAAGUUUCUGAAAUUUGGUUGAUUUUGACACGAAAUUACCCAUAUGUGUUUAUGUCUGAGAACCUUUUAUACAUCUUUUAUACACAUACUUGAAUGAUACUGAAAUGACAUACACUGUACAGUACAAAUAUUUUGAGUGUCUCUUAUUCUGUCCCUUAUUUUCCUAUAAAGAACCACAAUUGCCCCUUAUUUUCCUUUCCAGAAGUUGGCAACCCUAAUGAUAUGCCACAUUUGCUGUGACAUUUAUUUGAUAAGUGAGAACAUUUUCCUAAGCAUUUAAACAUCAGAUAUUUUUUAUCAAACUGCUGAGAUCUUGACAUGUAAACAGCAGUCUGACAGUGAAGUGCUCUUGCUGGCUCUUUUGUAGAAUGAUUUUAAUCUGAAGACAUUUUUAGAUCAGUGCUAAUAUAUGAAAACCCUAUUUUAAACCACACAUAUACUGCAGAAAGGUCGGGAUUCCAAGCAAUAACGUCAGAAAUUCCUUUUAGUUGAAUUUUGUUUAGUUUGUUUUCUGUGAAGGUCAAAUAUACCAUCAUCUCCAUUCACCCUCAGGCACUUGUCCUCGUGACCUGGCAAGAUUUAGAAACAGUAAACAUAAAAAAGGCUUUCCCUGAGUUUCCCCUACUCACAAAAUCAGUGGGUCUUUCACUGAUUGUGUCUGUCACCUUGAGUGAUUACAUUUGCAUAUAAUAAAAACAUCUUAGCAGGUGUAACAUUCACUUUCAAGUCA